AUGUCCGAUUUCCCUGCCAUCAAUGGCAUUUAUGGGGCGUUAUUCAGCCACCCAAACCCCCCUUCGCGGAUCACCAUCUCUUCCGGCGACCUCCUCCCUUAUGAUUGCAAUAUUGUCAUCCAUCUGUCAAUACAGCCCUCUCUUGGUCUCCGCGACCGAAAGGGGCUUCAUGUCCAGUCAAGAUCUUACUGGGCGCCGGCAAAUAUUGGCCCCUAUAGCCAAGCUAUCGACGUGCCCCUAGUCGGGCUCGCCUCGUCCUCCCCAGACCUCCCAGACCUCGCCACGACAAGGUCUAUCUUUAUUGCUGGUCAGAUCCCUCUCUGGCCUGCCUUGAUGGCCCUCCCUGUCGAAGCCGACAUCUCGGCUCAAAUCACCAUGUCCCUUCAACACCUUUGGCGCAUCGCAGCCGACCAACAUGUUCAGCUCUGGUCCAGUGCUGUUGCUUACUUCCCACGCACGCACGACAUGGGUGGCAUGCGGACCAAAGCCCGUCUUGCCGCCCAAGCGUGGCGAGCAGCCCAUUUUUACGCUACGGAUGGAGAGGAGGAGACUGGACCUGACCCAUGGGACCGCAAAUAUAAUCCUGCAUUCAUGACAUUCGGCGAUGCCACUGGCGACAGCGUUUCGACUCUUCCGGAUUCAGACGUCAUGAAAGUGUCCCUCGAAGAUGAUGACGACGACAACCCUUUCAUUCCGCCAUUCUUCGCGGUGGAGGUUGAAGAACUUCCACGUCAGUCAGGUGUGGAAUGGCACGCUCACCUCGGUCUCGCCGGCGUUCCCUCGUCUUCGGUCGAACACGCCAGUUACAUGGAACAACCAUGCGAAGGACGACCUUUCACGUCCCGUACAUCACAUCUCGUUGUAGCAGGUGUGUUAGUUCGCAGCACCGUGUCGAUCGAGUCCCAGGGUGGUAUCGAGAUCAGUCCCGUUGAUAUACUCCAGGAGGCCAAGCGUGCAUAUUCAACAUCUCUCUCAGGACGCUCUGCCAGAGAACCAUAUCUCACCUACAUCGACACCUCCAUAUGUGGCGUCGCCGUGUCAGCAUCAGGGGCCAGAAAAGAAGGGGCCACCGCAUCUGCGAUAGUCCCCUGUCACUCUCUCUGGUCCUCGGCCGGUGAAGAGCUCGCGGCAGUGGUAUUGUUCCGAGGCUGA